GGCAGUCACACGCCAGAGCCCGCGGGGGGAUGACGUGCCGGCGGCCUUCCCACUAAUUUAUCGAUUCCACCUUUAUGGCGCCCCGUAGAUAUUUGUGGCGACCCUAGUGCCACCCCUUUAGCCACGCCCGAAGCCCACAGUAACCGACCUUAGUGACAGUGAUAGGAAACACGUAGAAAAUAAAGUAGAUCACAAAGCCCAAGUGAAAUAGAAGGAAAUUGAGUGAUAUUUGAAAAUACCGAAAUCUUUACUACUACGAUUUCUGCUACUGCCAUUACUACUACUGCUACUGCCUGCUAAUAUACGUGUUCUUAAGCAGUUAACACACGGAAAAGGGCUUGAAAGUAACGUACAAGGCUCUGAAAAUAGUGAAACAAGGGGAGAAGAGUGAAUUUCGAGAUCUGGAGGAAGGGGGAAGGGCAGACCCCAACCACCAGGGGGCAGCAGGCAGGGUCAACCUCUCCAGCCCCUGCCAUGCCCCCCUACCGACCUGACCACCUGUAGCCCCCUCCCCUCAUGCCCCCAGAGGUCUUGCCCCCAGGAAGGAAGGCUGGGUGAGGGCUAAUGGGUGGGGAGGGGAGUGCCAGGGGGGAGGCAGGGGGAGCAGAUCAGCAGGUCACGUCCCUCCCUUAGGGUCGCCCAACCCCAUGGAGAAUAAAAGGAAGAAGGGCGCCGCUCUGGAGAAUGGAGACACCUUCCCCACCUGCCCCAAGUCCCCCCAGCCCCCCCCUGCGCCGCCUGUGCCCCCCAGUCCUCCAGCCCCGCCGCCCCCCCAUGCCAGCCCCCAGGCGGCGGGGAGUGGCCAGCAGCAGCCCGGCCUGUGCACGAUCCUCUACGACUACGAGGCGCAGGGUGACGACGAGCUCAGCCUCCGCCACGGGGAGAUCAUCGAGGUGCUCAGCCGGGACGUGAAGAUCUCGGGCGACGAGGGCUGGUGGACCGGGAAGAUAAGCGGGAAGGUCGGCAUCUUCCCCUCGAACUUCGUGGCGGAGGUGCAGAACAUACGCGACCUCGAGCCUGUGGAGAUCGACUUCAACGAGCUGGAACUGGAGGAGGUGAUCGGGGUGGGGGGCUUCGGCAAGGUGUACAGGGGCGCGUGGAUGGGGCAGGAGGUGGCGGUGAAGGCGGCGCGGCAGGACCCGGACCAGGACAUCAGUGUGACCAUAGAAAACGUGAGGCAGGAGGCGAAACUCUUCUGGCCCCUCAAACACGAGAACAUUGUGGCCCUGAAGGGGGUGUGCCUGCAGGAGCCCAAUCUGUGUCUGGUGAUGGAGUACGCGCGCGGGGGGUCCCUCACGCGCGUGCUCCAGCAGAGGAAGGUCAUCGGGCCCUCCGUGCUCACCGACUGGGCCAUUCAGAUCGCUCGGGGCAUGAACUACCUGCAUAAUUCGGCACCUGUUCGGAUCAUUCACCGGGAUUUGAAGUCUUCGAAUGUCCUCCUGAGCGAGAGCAUCGACAACAACGAGCUCAAGUACAAGACGCUCAAGAUCACGGACUUCGGCCUGGCGCGCGAGGUGUCCAAGACCACGCGGAUGUCGGCGGCAGGAACCUAUGCGUGGAUGGCGCCGGAGGUCAUCAAGGAAUCUACGUUCUCGAAGGCCUCGGAUGUGUGGAGCUACGGGGUCCUGCUGUGGGAGCUCCUGACGGGGGAGUCCCCCUACAAGGGCAUCGACACCCUGGCCAUUGCGUACGGUGUGGCCAUGAACAAGCUGCGGCUCCACAUCCCCACCACCGUGCCCAUCGCCUGGAGGAAGCUGAUGGAAAGUUGCUGGGAGCUGGACCCCCACGCGCGGCCCACCUUCGUCGUCAUCCUCAACAAGCUGGACGAGAUCAGCCGCUCCAACUUCACGCAGACGCCGCACGAAAGCUUCCACACCAUGCAGGGCCACUGGAAGGUCGAGAUAGAGGAGAAGGUCAACGAAAUAAGGAUGAAGGAGAACGACCUCCGAUGCAGAGAGGAGGAGGUACGGCGUGCCCUCGUCAAGCAGAAGCAGAUGGCGGAGCAGCUGAAGAAGAGGGAGCAGGACUUGCGGAACCGUGAGAUGGACCUGUUGCAAAGGGAGAUCUCCAUUGCCAUCCAGCAGCAGUCCUCCAAGCCCACGCCCAAGAAGAGGAAGGGCAAGUUCAAGAAGAAGCUCCUCACUAAGUCACAUCAGAUCUCGGCACCUUCAGAUUUCCGGCAUCACAUCACGGUGCAGCCAACCGCAGGUGUUGUUCUUAACCCCACAAGCCCCGACAGCCCGCCAGGCUCCCCUAACCUGCCCAGGCUGCGGGCCAUUGCAUUAUGCUCACUAGAAAACCUGCCAUGCCAACCUAGCAUACUUUGUAAUAUUUUAAAAUAUCAAAUACCAGCGGACGGCGUGAAGGGCAAGACGUGGGGUCCCAGCACGGCACACCAGAAGGAGCGCGGCCACAUCAUCCCGCACCACCACGACACCAACCAGAAGCGAUGGAGUAAGUCUGCACCCAAUCUUGAGAAGCCCCUGCGGCCCCUCCCGUACACAGCCACCAUGACCGGCCUCAACCAGAUCACAGCCUACGGUCCGGAGAUUGCUGGCAAUGGAUAUUACUACAUGCCAGACUACAGCGCCGCGGAGGACGGCAUCACCUCCAAGCCAGUGCCACUGCGUCCCCUGCCGGUGCCAACGCUCUACAAUGGCACCUCGCCGGAGACCAAGGGGCAGCUGCCAAAGUUCUCCCCACUGGAGCUGCUCGUCUACAACAUCGCGGCGAUGCUGGCGAGCGUUGCGGCUGGCUACGACGUGCGACUGUCCAACGUGACGGCCGUGCACCCCAAGCUGCUGCCCGUCAAGUCACAGGAGGAGGACACGGACUACCAGCGCUGGUUAGGGAUGAGCGAAUACGAGUUUUCCUCCCCCUCCGGCUACGCCCACAACACCUACCACGGCCCCUCCCGCCACGCCCGGCCCGCCCUGGUGCUGGAGCCCAAGCCCAUACGCUUCACAGACUCGCCGCAGCAUUUUGUGAGUGGCCCGGCAGCCCUCCCCCCAACUCAGCCCCCACCACGGAGAAAGUCUUCCUCCGCUAGUAAUGAUAGUGAGCAGCAGGUGGUGAGCUACAGCGGCGGGCAGCGCGCGAUAUACAUCCCUGGGCCAGCAGACUACCUGAGGCCAGACUACCGCAGCAACCAGCACAUGAUGGUGUGGGGGGAACAGCACCCCCCACCCCCUGCAUCCUCCUCGUCCUCCAAGGCCCCCCCCUCCCCUAAGCCUGACUCGGACAUGUACCGGGGGGAGGCGCCGUAUGCCCAGCCGUAUGACCACCGGGGGGAGGCCCUGAACUACUACUACAGCAGCCACGGGGCGCCGCCGGAGUACCUGGCCAGCGUGCACUACGAGCAGCGCGUAUACCCCCAGUACAUGAUGCGGCACGCGACGGCACACACGGCCGCCUCCGCCGGAGUGGAGGGAGGAGGAGGGUACCAUGCCUAUGACAACCCCUCCACCUCAGUGUCUUCCUCCUCCACCUCCACCAACCCCCGCACCCCCUCCAGGCUCAACCUUCAGCACCGCCGCACCCCUUCCUCCGUCUCCAAUGCCUCCACCACCUCUUCCUCCAACAUCAACCCCUCCUUCAAGCUGGAGGACGAGGGGGACAGCUCCUACUCCACCCCCACACACCGCAGCAGCCACCUGGAGCUGCACCCUGGCCCUGCCCCGCCCCCCCGUGUGUCGCGGCAGAACUCCCAAGACACGGAGCGCUCGGCGGACCGGCCCGGCUCCCUGGACCUGCCCCGCCACCACUCGCGCUCCUCCCUCAGGAAGUACAACUACUCCCUCGGCCGGAGCUCUCCCAAGCCCCGCAGUGGGUCAGGGGGCUCCGGGGGUGGCACCCCCACCAACCCCACCCCACCGGACAGCAUGACCAGCGAGGACAGCAGCUAUGUCAGCGCCCCGGACAUGUACUCCACGCUGUCCGGGGGUUCGGGGGGCAACUCCACGGGGCGGGUCAGGUUCUCCCCGGCGGCCCACAUGCUGGAGGGGCUGGUGGGGCGGCACACGCUGCUGGACAUGCCGGUGGAGGGCCAGAGCCAGGACACCACGGUGCCGCUGACGGCCCUGCGGCACGCCAUCCGACACCACGAGCAGCAGCACCACCACCACCUCUCCCAACAGCCCAACUCAUGGACAGCCUUUGACGACGGCAGUGACGAGAGGUUGUAGCGCCCCGAGGCACCGGGCUGCCGGGGUGGCCAACACUCCUCACACCUCGAGGCCGUGGCCCCGUCACUCCCCCCAACUCUCGGCAUGACCCACAGUCUAGCGGGUCACGGCGUCUUGAGUGUCCGAGGGUGGGGGGGGUGGGGGUUGGGCCGGAGGGAAAGGGGGUGAUGAUAGGCCGGCGCGCCCCAGCCCCAUGGCAGCCAGUGUACCAGGCCGAGGCGGGGCGGCGGCCGGCUGGCGGUGUACAUAGUAGAGGUGUCUAGUUAUUUCUACUAGGACAGAGUUGAUAUAAUUCCUAUGAAGUCACAACUACUGUGAUCCUUGGGCAGCCUUUGUGUAACACUGGACCUGCGGCGGAGGGCAGGCGGAGGACGGUUGUGGGAGGCAGCCGCACGGCACCUCCACCACCACCACCACCACCACCAUCACCACCACCAUCACCACUACCACCACCUGAAGCAGGACACUGUUGUUCACUGUUCCAGCACCACAAUAGCUUCUUCACCCUGAGACUGUGUGUGUGUGUGAGGCAAGAAAACACAUUGAUGCACCUGUACUGGUAUGCUGCUGCUGCUGCUGCUGCUGGCGAGGAGGCUGUGAGGAGGAGACCCAGCGUGCAAUACUGGAGUAGUCAGGGGGCGGCUGAGGCAGGUGGGGGGUGGGGGGCCUGCUGGUGGGGGGCCUGUGUUGGGUUUUAUUUUUGGCCUUAACUUGAGGUGAAUUGAAGAAGCCUUUCCCUUUUUGUGUAUUUUAGACUGGAAUCUGUUUUAGGAUGGCCCGCCCAUCUUUUUGAAUGUACUGUAGUGAGGAAUUUUGUUUUUAGCAUGUGCCAUAUGAGAUGCCAUGUUCAUUUAGUGCCUGUUUUAAAAGUAGAGUUUUCCCCCUUUAUUAACAGUGAUCUCUAGGUUGUUUGAUAGUGAUGUUUCUUUAGAGAUGAGUUUUUACGAGGUUUAAAAUCCCAGCAACCAUUCCCAGACGAAAUGAACGAUGCGACCCCAUGCGGUCUGCAUCACCGAGGCUAGAAUAGAGCCUGGCUAGGGGGGGGAGGGGGCAGAGCUGCUCAGAGGGAAGUUAGUCAGAUCCAUCACCCAGCCCCCAACACACACACACACACACACACACACACACACACACACACACACACACACACACACACACACACACACACACUUCGCUGGUCCUGCUCCUGACUGACCCGUAGCCAACGUCAUUGUCUCCCAGGAAAGUUGGGAAACCUGAGGCGCCAUCGUGCACCAGCUCUGUCAGACCGUCACUCACACCUUUCAGGUUGCUCACACUGCUUGCCGUGCGCUUGUGGACAUUCUCUCCUUUGUACUUGUCCAGCUGCUCCUCCAGAAACUUAUUCCUCUGCUCCAGGAGAUUGAACUCCUUGGGAAGGCGUUGGUUGCCGGACCUCUCAUUUGUGUUCUCUAGGAUGAGCUGCUGCUUCUCAGCCUCAAACUUCCGACGCAGAGUUUCUUUGCUCUCCCUCUUCACAUCCUCUUGCUGGGCCUUGGACAGUUUGAGGGUUAGUCUUGCAUUCUCCUCAUUCACCUUCUCUGUUAGUUUGUGGUUCUCCUUCUUGGCGCUUUUCUUCCGGGUGAGGACGUCCAUCUUCUCACCCUUUUCCAUCUCCACUUCCUUGGUCAGCUUGGCAACCUUUGCCUCCAGUUUCCCAACUUAUAUUCCCAAUUAGGUCUACUGUUACUUUUACAACCAGAUGGUUGUAAAAAAUAACAAGGGACCUGAUCGGGAAUAUGUUGUAAAAUCCCAAUUUGCAAAUAUCAGAAAGAAAAAGAUUUGGGAAUGAUAAUUAACAACAAGAUGACACCAGCAGACCAUAUUAAUGAAAAAACAAGGGCUAUGAAUAUAUUAUUAGCUAACAUGAGAAUGGCCUUCACACCUAUAAAUGAGGAUGUGGUGAGGAAGAUAAUCAUUCCACAUAUAAGACCAACUCUAGAAUAUGCAGCAGCAGUUUGAAUCCCCAUUAAAAAAAAACAUUAAAAAGGUUGUAAAAGUACAAAGGGCUGCUACACAACAUGUUCCCAGCUUAAGAGAUUUAACUUAUGAGGAAAGACUCUGCCAGCCCUGGAGAGAGGAGAGGAGACAUGGUAAUGUUGUACAAGUGUGCCACAGGAAAGAAGAUAGACAUAAAGAAAUUUAUAUCACAUGGGAAAUUAACACAGUUGAAAAAUAUUUAACCCUCUCGUGCACAGUAAGCUUCCAGUAAGUUUCUCUUCCACUCACCAUGCAUCUCUCAGGCCCGACCAGCCUUUUUUUGCCGCCGCGAAACUUUAUAUUCCAGUACGUAUUUUACCAUCACAGAUAUAUCGUACCCCAAUAAAUUUGGUAUCAAUGGCUUCAUAAAGACAUACUAGAACAUGCACAAAUAAAAAUAGAGGAAAAAAUAUAUAUAAACAAUAGAAACUCGUUUCAAGUCUCUGUAUAGAGUAUUGUAGACAAUAAAUCCUAAGUACCAACUCUUCCCCACUUGCUAUCUCGAAAUUUUGUGGGCCAACUUUUUUAGCCGAAUAUAUGUUUCGAAGCGGAAUUUAGUGAGGAUUCUUAUGGUAUCCUAAAAAUCUUCAUACGCCUAUUAGUUCCUGACUUACACCAAGAAAACUGUAUUUUUUCUUCUCCCGUCAGAGUAGGCUAAACACUAAAAAUCACUUCACGCUCCUCAUUUACGUUCCUUAGAAAGGUUGCCAUAUGUUACCAUUAAGAAACUUAUCCAAACAAAUGACACUCCAAAUUUGAUGCACUUCCACCGACAACUUAAUUUUUUAUCAAUUUUUUAACUCUUAUGACGCGUUUCGCGUCAUCGUGCGCCAGGACCUUUUACCUUUGAUGACGCAAAACGCGUCAUCGUCCGCGAGAGGGUUAAGAAAUGAGGUGACAAGGAUGUAAGAAGCCUGUUUUCCAAAUGGAGCUGUUGACCAGUGGAAUGCAUUACCAGGUGAAGUGUGUGUGUCAACAACAUUCACAGAUUUAAAGAAUUGUAUGACAAAAUGGUUUAAAAAUUGGGACAACACAAGCCUGCUCAAGCCUGUAAAAACACAACUAGGUAAGAACAAUUAGGUAAGAACUCACACAGACAUAUACACACACAGAUGGGUCAGGGUACAGUGGGUGGGUGUCAGUGUGUGUUGGGUAGUGUUGCUGGGUGUCAGCUGAGCCACUCUCUCUGUGAUGCUAGCCAGGGGAGGGCCAGGAAGGUAAAAACCAUGAUAGUCUUCCUGUUGGUUCAGUUUCCAAACAUUAGAUACUAUUUUCAUCACCUUGUAAUUUUUGAAUGGUAGCAGCAAGCCUCCCAGAGCAAGGCAAGGGGGAGUAACGACUUGACGACUUUAUUUUUGUAUAUUUGAAGAAGAGGCCGAUUAGAUGGUUAGUCUGUUUUGAUACCCAGGGUGAGUGGGGGAGGAGAGGCGAUGUGAGUGUGAGCCUGAAGGAGCGGGCACCCGAGCACAGUCUCCUACACUUGAGUUCAUCCUGCUUGCCCCGCCCAGACACUCAGAACACCCUCAAGCAGACAUUCAGUCACCACACUUCAUUUUCACCAACGCUGCCAAGCCUGACGCGCCACGUUCCCACCAUAAACCCAAUCACUCUAUAGAACAGUAGAUCAGAGCUGAAUGACGAUGACAUACAGCAUGAUAAGUAAAUACAUACAUUAUAUAUAUGAAAAUAUAUAUACAUAACUUAUAUACAUAUAAUAAUGACCUUGUGGAUCAUCUGUUUUCUGCCUGAACUUGAUAUAUUUACCUUAAUGAAUGCAAGUUCCUAUAUCCAAGGCCAUAUGCUGAUACACUAGACCAGGUGACAUUGUGGGGGAGGGGGAAGGGGAAGGUGCUGGGACUGGCUUAACAAGUUCCACCUGGAGGUGUUGAGACACUUACCUGCUCUGGAGACUCAGUGUAGGCAACCUGAACGGCCGUGUGUCCAGGUAACGCCACAGCUGUUAGGACGUGUGUUGUUAUUGCUGUCCUGCCCUCGGGGCCCACCAGUACCCUGCCCACUGUGAACACAAUCCUGCUCACCCCCUCAAGGCUUGCUCAGUCUUGGAGGGUGGGAGGAGGUUGUGUGUGCAUGCAAGUGUUUGUACGUGUGUGUCAUGGUGGGUGCCCGGGUAGCUCCAAAAACCUCUCGUUAUGCUUGAGUUUGUCCUCUUCUGAGUCUCAUGUCAUCGUACUGUUGCAGUGGAAGGACCUCAUUCCUGUACUUUCCCUAACUUAGGUUAUCAACUCUCAAAAGUUGUUAUUAUUUAUUUUUUCCCCCCCCUGUUUCAACUACUGCAGUCUCAAAUUUACCUGGAUUUGGCCCAUAAAGUCUUUCAUAUCAAAAUACCCUUCACCAAAAUAUUCUUGUUCAGUUGUGUCAUCAAGUUUUUUUUUUCUGUCAGCCAUUCUCUUGUACCAUUCUUGGUGAAGAUUGUGAACAGUUUGAGUUGGAAAGUACUGUACUUACUGUUACUUCCCAGCCUUUGUGGGCUUCUGGGAAUGGCUCAAUGUUUUAGGGAUUGACUGAAUUGGUGGAACAGUUUCACUCAGAUAAUUGCUAAGGCUGUUGAAGUAUAAUUUCAGGCCAUUCUUUUUAUUUUUGAUUGAGUGCAGGACAAGAGUGAUAAAAUACAGCUUGGCACCGUAGACACAGAAUGGAGGUGCAGCGCUCCCAGUGGAUGGCUGUGGCGGUGACUGACGGCUGGCUGGCAGACUGGCUGUGUGAAGUCCUGGCACUGGGAACAGAAAAUGCACAGUCAGUUAUGCAGUGCCACCCAGGUGUGUGGCUCCACAGACUGAGUGCCAGGAUAGUGCUGUGUGGAAGGAAGUGUGACUAGAAACCUUCACAAGCUCUGAAUCAAGAGGGCAGCUCAGAGGGUGGCUACCAUAGCUGUUGUCUCAGGAAGGGCCGCGUGUAGGCUGAGUUUAACACUAGUGGUGAUAAAACGGUUAAAAAAGCCAACACCAAGUUCAUGUAAGAUUCCUGCUUAUUUCCUUCUUUGACCAGAUGUUGCAGUACAAUGCCAGCUUGUGGCCCAGCUUACUAACUCAAAGUAAUACCCUGGAUUCUCUGUGUUUGAGGAAAGAAAGUGGAAGGCGUGAGGGUGGGUGGGCAUGGGGAGAGAUGGUGGGGGCAAUGCACCGACGCCACACCCUCACACAUCACCCCACCAUCCCAUCAAGGCCUUGGAUGUGCCAUAAUGUUGUGUUGUGGAACAGAGUGUGGCAGUGUGUCCCACCUUGAGGCUUCUUGUGACCCUCUCUUCAACACGCUCCCUGCACCUGGAGUCUUUGCACUGCAGUGUGACAAGGAGCAAAGGUCUGGCGUGGACUGUUUUCACUAAACCAAGAGCAGGAAUGUUUUAGUGUGUGAGUUGGUCUCAAGUAAAACCAUUUUGUGUUUAGUCUAAUCUGACUUUAAUCUUUUUCAAGGAGAUUUGGCCUUUCGUGUGACAUUAACAAUUGUGCCUGUCUGUCUGUCUGUCUGUCUUUUCACUCACUCUUGCAUAGAAAAUCGUCACUAACAUUCACCGUUGAGUUGAUGUCAGUACCAACACACAGACUUGGUUGCUCUUCUCAGAAUCUAAAGUUCUGCAGUUCUUUGACAGUUAUGUAACAUGAGGCAGUCGGGCAGUUUUGGAACGUAUCAGAGAAUGUUAGGUUACUCUUUUCAUGUGAACCCAGUCAUUCCAGCAGCGUGGGAGUGACAUUACGAUGAUCCAGGUACUUGAUCAAUGCAGGAGUGUUUGUGUUGCCUCUCUCGUUGUUUACAUUCCUUGACGGCAGGCGAGCUGGUGUGUGUGUGUGUGUGUGUAUGUGUGAGAGAGAGAGAGAGAGAGAGGUAUACAUGAAGACGGCACCACACAAGAGCACCAGCAGUCACAAUCAGUAGUAAAGCAAGACAAUAAUUGAGCCUAAGUGUUUAUGCAGUAAGAGGAGCGUGAGUGUGGAGAGAAAGGAGGAGGAGGAGGCCGGGAGGAUGCUAACCUUCCAUAGCCAGCAUCAAGGAGAGGGGAGGGGGGGAGGGAGGCUGUAGUGGGUGUGUUGUGAUAUACAUAGAUUCGUCUCAGUGACUCUAUUCACUGUGUAAUUAAACGCAGCCUUACUUUGUCACAUAUUCAAAUCAUGUAUUUUUUAAAGAACACCAAUAGAUGACUGGAUAUUGUAAACUAUAUGAGUACUAUGACUACUACUACUACUACUACUACUACUACUACUACUAUUACAUAUGUUGUGUAAAAGAAGAUACUGUAACAGACUCCGUAAUAUUUCGUGUAAAGUAUUGAUAAGCAAUCUGUUAAUUUAUUAGCUAACUAGAGGUGUCAAAGGGUUGGUUGGUAACAGUGGAGAUGACAGAGGACUGGCUGGGAAGAAAAAAAAAGUUACACAUCUACCAUGCCCCUAGACGUGAAAACUCAAUCCGAUAUCCUUGCAUUCCUCGGCCUGUUAACCUGAGGGAUGCCAAAAGAAAACAUUGUAUACUUGUGUUUUGUUUCUGUUCUAGGAAAUAUGAGGUACACAAACAUUUCCUUUCUCUCUCCCUGUAUGCGGUUGAUCCCUUGCCUUGUGUGCCGGUGGGGAGCCUUGACAGGGAGGAGGAAAGAUUGUGAGAGGGGCAGGGGGAGGAGGAAACAGUGCGGGAGAGGUCCGAGGAAGGAAACAGUGUGAGAGGGGGAGAGGAAGGAGGAAAGUGAUAGGGGCAAGGGAGGAUGAGAAUAUGAGGCAAAGAUGAGGAAUGAUUUUGUGAAGGACGAAAGGAAAAGGGAACAGUAUGAGAGGGGUAGAGGAAGGAGGAAAGAAUGAUAGGGGCAAGGGGGGGAUGAGAGUAUAAGGCAAAGAUGAGGAAUGAGUGUGUGAAAGGCGAAAGGAAAAUGGAAGUGUGAGAGGGUAAAAGGGAGGAGGAAAGAGUGUGUGAGGGGCAUAUGGAGUAAGACGUGGAGGUGUGUUUCGGGGUAUUGGCGAGGGGGAGAAGUAAAAAAACAAACUAAUUGAUAGAAGGACAAAAAUGACACACUAACAAACAGAGAUUCAUGGAGGCAAGAGUCAGACGAGCACUCGGUCAGGAGAGAACAGGAAGGGAGAACAUAUCGACACUUGUAGAGAUGAUAGCAAUAGGCAAAGAAUAAACAACAGACUGAUAGGAUGGACAGACAGACAGUAACAAAUAGCCUACACAAGAGAGUUAGACACAUUCAGGGGAAGCCUCACUGACAAAGGGUUUUCAUAUGUAUUUUUUGUUUAAUUUUCUCAUGUGAUUGUGAUAAAAAUAAUGUUAUCCAAUGAGUUUUACGUUUGAGUGUUUUUUUAUGAGCAGUUAAACGGAUAGGAAGAGGAAGGAAGAAAGGAAUAGAUGGGGGGAAGAAGAAAGAGUUGAGGGUGAAGGUAGUUGAGGGGGGCGAAGCAAGGAAGGAAGGAAAGGAAAGGGAGAAAGGAAUGGAUGAAGGGGAAGAAGGAAAGGAAAGGAGUUGAGGAUGAAGGGAGUUAAAGGGGGGAAGUAAGGAAGGAAGAAAGGAAUAGAUGGGAGGAAGAAGAAGGAGUUGAGGGUGAAGGUAGUUGAGGGGGGCGAAGCAAGGAAGGAAGGAAAGGAAAGGGAGAAAGGCAUGGAUGAAGGGGAAGAAGGAAAGGAAAGGAGUUGAGGAUGAAGGGAGUUAAGGGGGGCAAGGAAGGAAGGAAAGGGAUGGAAGAAGGGAAGGAAAGGAAUGGAUGAGGGGAAGAAGGAGGCAAGGAUGGAGUUAUGGGGGAGGAAAAUAAGGAAGAAGGGAAGGAACGGAAAGAGAAGAAUGACUGAAGAAAAGCGAGAGAGGCGUCUGGAAAGCCUCAAUCAAUACUUGUGCUGGCAAAGAUUGUAUUUAUGUAUUUUUUGACUGUGAAGGUUGUGACCAAAGAAUUUUCUCCCUUGCAUAUGUACAAUUUUGUGAGCAGUCAGACAGAGAGGAAAGGUAAACAAAGCCUCCAUCACUACUUGUAUGGCAAAGGCUUCAUAUUUGUAUCUCUUAUGGUGUAUUGAAGAUUGUGAUAGGAAGAGAACGGCCUGAGUGUAGCAUUUUUUAUCAUUAUUUUUGUUGGGAGUCUGACAGAAAGGAAGGUAAACAAAGCCUCCAUCACACUACAUGUACAGCAAAGGCUUCAUAUUUGUAUCUCUUAUGGUGUUCUGAAGAUUGUGAUAGGAAGAGAACAGUCUGAGUGUAGCAUUUUUUAUCAUUAUUUUUGUGAGCAGUCAGACAGAAAGGGAAGGUAAACAAAGCCUUCAUCACUACUUGUACUGGUAAAGGUUAUAUGAUUUUUAUUUUUUUAUACUUCAAGAUUGUGAUGAAAAAAAAAGGUCUGGAUGUAUAGAGCAUUUUUUGUGGUUUUGCAUGAGCAGUCAAAUGUGAAAGGUGAGACAUGAAGCCUGAAACUGUACUGGCAAAGAAAGGUUUUGGAUGACGAUUUUCAAUAUUUUCAAAGUGUCGUAAAAGAAAUUGAAUGUUCUCUCUUGAUAAUAAUUUCUUGUGUGCUUUUACUGGCCAGGGCUUUAUAUAUACUUUCUUUUUUAUAUUCAAACAUUGUGAUAGAGGAAGAAAAAAAGGAUGUUCUCUCUGGAAUAUAUACUUGUAGCUAUAGGUAUUUUUUAUCAUUAUUUGUGAACGCAUUUACGAGGUAACUGUAAACUCAACUCAUCUCCAGGUCACAGUAACAAGAUCAAUAGAAGAAAAAAAUAUGUUCUCUCUGGAAUAUAUACAUGUAGCCAUAGGUAUUAUUUUUUUAUUAUUAGCGAGACUAUUUAUCGGGUGACAGAAAACACCAUUAAGCUUCAGGUCACAGUAGAGAGAGUGAGGAAGACUUGCCGUUCUGUGUCGCAAGUCACGAGGUAUUAUUCUAUUACUGUGGAAGUAUUUAUGAGGUGAUGGCAAACUCAACCAAUCUUCAGGUCACAGUAAAGAGGGUGUGGAAGACUUGCCAUUGUGUGUUGCAAGUCUGUAGGUAUCUUCUAUUAUUUGUGACAGUAUGUAUUAGGUGACAGAAAAAACUCAAUCUUCAUGCUACAGGAAAGAGUUUGACGAGACGUUCUGUGUUGCAAGUCUCAAGGUAUCUUCUAUUAUUUGUGACAGCAUGUAUUAGGGACAGAAAAAACUCAAUCUUCAGGCCACAGGAAAGAGUUUGACGAGAUGUUCUGUGUUGCAAGUCUCUCUCAUAAAAGGUUCACAGAUUUCCGAAGCCUCCCGUGAGCAUACCGUCGGGAAUUCUGGUUCGCAUUCAAUAGUUAGGAAGAGUUUGCAGCAUUCUCCCACAAAAUAAUUUAAACAGCAAGUCAGGAAAUCACUUAUGGGAUGCAAUAUGACAAGACUUAAGUGAAACAUCUAUUAUUAUUGUCAUUGAUUGUUAGGGUGAUAUCAAGGUGUUCAUUUCUGUAGGGUUCUCACGAGGCUGUCAUAUGGUUGGGCCUUGCCAGCGAGAGGUCAGUGUGAAGGCGUGUGUGUGAGGGGGAGGUUGUGUGUGUUGCAGGGGAGCCCCAAGCCUUGACAGGGGCACCCAAGCCUCAUGACACGACCCCACGUUGAGGUUACUGCCCAUCUCUACUCCCCCUACUCCCCACUCUCUCCCCCAUAGGAACUCCCCCCUCCCCCAGCUCUGCCAAGACCCCUCCCCCCCCUAACCAGCCGGGCCAGUCAUCCCUGCUUUUGACAUUCCAGAUUUAUCAUUCCCAUUCCUAGUUUGCCCUUUCUCUUCUCUUCUCUUCCCUUUCUCUUUGCCUCCUCCUCUUCUCCCCUCACUUAAUUAUCAUAUCCAGUGUAUUAUUAUUAUUAUUCUCUUCCUCUUUCCUUUCCCUUCCUUCUAUAUUUUCUUCCUUCAUCCCCUCUCUCCUUCCUUCCUUCCUCUCUUCCUUCCUUCCUUGUUUUUAUUCCUUUAUUCCUCACUUGUCAUUUUCCUUCUUCCUGGAUGAUAUGUUUGCAGUAUUUCUCCUCCUCCUCCUCCUCCUCCUUCUCCUCCUCCUCCUCCUCUUCCUCUUCCCAUGUAUUCCUUUUCCAGAUUCCCAGUUCCAUAUUUUAGAGUAUAUUGGAAAGCCUUAAUAAGUGUGUGUGUGUGUGUGUGUGUGUGUGUGUGUGUGUGUGUGUGUGUGUGUGUGUGUGUCAUGUAGUUGAAGCAGUGUCUUAAAAACCUUAGACAACUAAUUUUUUUUUCCUUCUUUUCUGUAGAGAUUCAGUUUGCGAGUGAAUGAGUGAGUGAGUGAAUCAGUCAGUCAGUCAGUCAGUCAGUCAGUCAGAUGUGUGGUGACGUGUGUGACUCAGGAAUGUGUACAGGUGUGUGAGCAGGUGUUGUGUUUCCAGUCAGUCAGUCAGUCAGUCAGUCAGUCAGUCAGUCGAGAUAAAAGGAGAUUGAUUAACAAGUCCCCCCCCCCCUCCCCCCCAAAUCUCUCUCUCUCUCUCUCUCUCUCUCUCUCUCUCUCUCUCUCUCUCUCUCUCUCCAGGUUAACCAUUAUUGUAAAAAAAGGUCAUCUACUUAUUUCUCGGUCAUACAAAGAUUAUAAGGUUGUGAACCGCCUACUUUUAUUUAUAUGUAAAUACAAGAUUCUACUUAA